UCAAGCGACCUCCGCCAAGAAUCCACGUCAUUUGCGUGUGCCGAUAGAGAUCAUAUUGUUGGGCCGUCGACAUGAGCUGGUUGAAGGGCAAGAUGCGCGCGGCUGCGAACAUGGUCGCCCAAGCUGCGGAAGCAGUCGCGCCGAGCUUGGCGCUGUCCCUCUACAAGACGCCCGUGGAGGAGUUCCACCACCGAUGGACAACUGUGUCUCUGUUUCUGGAUGCGUUGGCGGCCGAAGACCUGCCGGAUGCCCAGCAGCGUGCCAAGUUGAGCGACUCGAACACUCGCGAUAACUUAGCCAAGCUCGUCAAGCUGCUGUACGCUGAGGAAGACGCCCUCGACCGGCAAGUGUAUGUGGUUGAAGAGUAUUCCAUCAACGCUCGACCAUGCAUGGAAUACCUGCUCGAGCACAACGUGCUUCAAAACUUAUGUGCUAAGGCCGCGCUGGACUCGCCGUGCGGACUCAUGGUGCUCGUGCUCAUCUUCCUCACGGACCUCCUUCGCGAAUCGCGCAUCAAUUACCCCAUCCUCCCCACCCGCGGCGUCUAUCGCUCCGUGUGCGAGCUCAUCCAAGCGGCCAUGGUGCGCGAAGUCGAAGACGACAUGGUGCAGAAGUGUCUGCUGCAUUGUCUGCAUGCGCUAUGGGUCAAGUUGAAGGGCGACCCGGUGCAGACCGAGUUCUUCUUCCUUCGCAUUUACAAACCCGUGCCAGGCGACCAACCCGGGAACCUGGUGCUAUCUCCGUCCAAGAUUUCCGAGCUCGUGUUGUUUACUGGACUCCUUCCGCACAUGUACCGCGACGGCAAACUCGGCCACAAGUGCCGCGAAGCGUUGGUGAUCGCCGCGGGGCUGCAUGAGCCCGGCCUGAGUCGGUUCAUUCUGCACAUGACGCCGUUCUGCAACUACGCUGUCACAGGCGUGAUCCAAGCCUUCGACGCUCUGCCCAAAGCCAUCGGCGUCAAGAACGAAAAGACAUUUCGAAGCGUCCACCCCCAAGCCAUCGUGCUCGAGCUGGAGACGCUGGCGCUGCGCCUGCGGUUCUGCUGCACAUUGGCCAUGGUGGGAACGUACCAAGGCGUGGACACUUGCAUCACCAAAGACAUUCUGACGCAGUUCCACACUCGAUUCUUACAAGGGCCAUUGCUGGAAGCGUUGCUGGAUCCGUCGGAAGCGGCCGCGCGAACGGGCAUCCACUACACAUGCAUCGUGCUCGACUUGCUCGUCGCGUGCGGUCGGUCGCCAGACGCCAACCCGAUGCUCCAUCUGACGUUGUCGUUCCUACUGCACCACCACCAGUCGAAAGGGGGCGGCUUUCCGUCGUCCGUCCACACCACGCCCCGUCGUUCGGCGUGCGUGCCCGUGGUGACUGCUUCCAACGAGCUGGCGUUGGCACCACCACACAGCAGCAGCAGCACCCCCGUGGAGGACAACACCGUGCGGUUGCUAAGCGAGUUGCUCCAUCGCACCAACAGCUUGUCGCCGUCGUUGAGUGUCGCAGCGAUCGAUUUGAUCGCGCUGCUGCUUCGACUGAACGCGCCCCAAGUCGACGAGGUGCUGUUACCACCACCCGUUUUUGCACCCUCCUCCAGCAACGCGGGCCACCCCACUCGAAGCAACCAUGUCGCAUGGUUUGCAUCUAGGUUUCCGCACUCGUUGCUAUCGACGCUAGACGACUCGUUGUGGCAUACCAUCAUCCAAGCGCACACGUCCCCGACGCUGGCCCUUCCGCCGUCGCCAUGGUCAAGUGGUUCCUUUGCCGCCAUCCCGUUCGCCGCAUCCGACUGGAACGGGUUCGUGGUAUCGUUGAUGUCAUAUGUGGUCGCGGCGGAGCAGCGAGUUUUGCGGGAAAAGUCUACCGCUCUCGUCGCCAACACUUUGGCGGAGCUGUGUUCGAGCGACGACACGGACGAAGACAGCGAAGGCGACGAACCCCCGGCACUAUUGCCUCCCCGUUGCCAGACUCGGCGGCGGUGGCACGUGCGCGUGCCGUCCUUAUCGUCCACGGACGUCGUUGACUCGAUCGUCUGUACCACACCGUCGGCGUCGUCGUCGUGGGGUCCAUUCGAAGCGAUGGUCGUGAAUCGAUUGGAGCGAUGGCUCGACAAUUCACUCGAAGAAAACGUGGCACUCUCUGGACUAGUCGUACUAUUGGCCGAACGCGUGCCCCAUGUCGUGUUUGCUUGGAGCAGCUCUCCUUCGACAGACGACAAGCACAGCCUCCGGUCCGUCUUGGAAGACGUGCACGGCCAAGCGUACGCUCGGAUCCGGCGGCUUCCGGAUCGCGCGGCGACCGCAGCCCGGUUGGCCGCGGUCAAAGCAAGGCUGAUGACACCACAACACGACGAUAAGCACGACGACGACAAGAACGACGACGACCAUGUGCUGCAUCAGUCGUUCGAUGGCCCUGAUUUGCUCUUGGUGUCGUUUGUCGUGCUCGAAGAGAUGCUCAUGGAGCUCGUGGCGACCCUCGUGGCCGUGGAGACGGUCCGCGCACUACCCGAGAAGCCAGAGGGGGUGUAUUUGGAAGCAAAUCAUCCGGUUACCACGCGAUCGUAUCCGGACGACGACGACAACGACGACGACGACAACGUGCUGACGCAAAGCCAAUCCCAGACGAACGAAGCCAAGGUGGACGAGAUGGAUUUCCUCUUGACGUCGGCGGCGUCGCAGCUCGCGUCCAUCAUGAUGACGCGUUCCGCCGCCGUUCCAUAGACACAUUUUCAAUAUACUAGUUGAAUCCAACGGUUCAAACCCCAAGUGACUGUAUAUGCAGUGCUGCUCAAAACUAUAGACGCACCUUAUUUUUCAUCGAUUUCUCAUCUCGUACUUUAGUGAACAAUUUGGCAUUUUGCUCAAGA